CGUAGACCUCGGGCCAGCGUGGGUAUUAAAACGCGCCAGACAGGGGGAAUCCACGGCGCGUUAGAGCAUGGCGCUCAAACGAAUUAAUAAAGAGCUACAGGUGCUCAUGCCAGCGUAGAAAAAUUGGAGGACGGCGCGCGUGCUGGGGCAAAAAAGGAGUAGCGCGAAGGAGGCCUCCCGGGCCGGAGGCGAGGCGUGAGGCGCUGCGGCGCGCCGGCAACCGCUGCCGCCGGCGCGGCGCCACUUAUAAAAGAGAUUGGCCUGCUGCUCUCGCGGCCGCUUGCCUUCAUUGGCACAAACGCCCGAAAGACCAUUCCCGCCGCCACUUUCUCAAAAAGCCCCCGGGUGCCCCCGGACGCCAUCGCCGCGGCCCUGGACGACGGCCGAUACAUGCGCCGGGCCAUAGCCACCGCGCGAAGGGACGCGCCCACGCCCCCUCCCCGCCGAACCCGCCCGCCGUCGUAACGCGCCCCGUUAUCAACGCAGGACCUCGGCCGCGACCCGCCGGCGAACUGCAGCGCCGGCCCCGUCGGCGACGACCUCUUCCACUGGCAGGCGACGAUCAUGGGCCCCGAGGACAGCCCCUACAGCGGCGGCGUUUUCUUCCUCAAUAUUCACUUCCCCGCGGACUACCCCUUCAAGCCGCCCAAAGUGUCCUUCACGACGCGCAUCUACCACUGCAACAUCAACGCGAACGGCGGGAUUUGUCUGGACAUCCUGAAGGACCAGUGGUCGCCGGCGCUCACGAUCAGCAAGGUCCUGUUGUCGAUCUGCUCGCUGCUGACGGACCCGAACCCCGACGACCCGCUCGUGCCCGAGAUCGCGCAGAUCUUCCGCACGGACCGCGGCAAGCACGACGAGACCGCGCGGGAGUGGACGCACAAGUACGCCAUGUGAUCCUGCCCGUCGUCCAUUAGUAGUUCUCUCCCGUUAACCGAGAAGUGAUUUCAUA